AAUUCCUAUCUCCUAAAUCAAAAUGGGUGCAUAGUUUCUGGUUUGAGCCCAUUUGUCCCACUUCCUUCCACCUUUGUGGCCUCAUGGUCAUGGACAUCCAUAUUAGAUAAUAGUUCUUAAGUUCCUAAUGGUUUGUUGGCUUCCAGAAUGCAUCCCGCAAAACGGCAUGGUACUUGAGAGUUUCGGAACUUUCUUUCUGGGUGUUGCAUGAAUAUUUGGUUUGGUUUCUUCUCAAGUACUAUUCUUUUGUUUUUGAGUUGUUCGGUAAGUGGAAUUAGUUUCGGGAAAAUGGGAAUGAAAUCUCAACCAAGUGGGGUGUUGUGCCAAAAGUAGAAAGUUAUUGUAGAGAAAGCAUUGUUUCUGGCUUCUUAUUCUCUUCUUUUGUUCAGCCUUGCAUUGUGGAAAAUAGCAAUUGAAAGCAAUGUGCUUAUGAAAAUGAAGGCUGGAAAAGAAUUUCAGCACUGUGAAUCUUUGUAGCCUAAAUACUUAGAGAGAGAGAGAGAGAGAGAGGAGGAAAAUAUGCCAACAGUGUGGUUCUCUCUAAAAAGGUCUUUACACUGCAACAAAUCAGAGCCAUCAGAUGUUCAUGACCCAAAGACGAGGAAGCAACUGAGCACAAUCUUGACAAGAAAAGCAGGAAGGUCUGGAUGUUCAAGGUCAAUAGCAAAUCUCAAAGAUGUUAUCCAUGGAAGUAAGAGACAUUUGGAGAAGCCACCAAGUUGCAGUCCAAGAUCUAUUGGGAGCAGUGAAUUCCUCAACCCAAUAACCCAUGAAGUGAUACUGAGUAACUCCAGGUGUGAGCUCAAAAUCACUGGUUUUGGUGGUUUCCAAGAAGGGGUUAGUGGUGGAGGUGGUGAAAGCGGUGGUCUUGGCGGUAAUAACGGUAGCGGUGAUUCAAUGUUUGUGGGCACUUUGAGGCCGGGGACACCUGGACCUGGGGGCAACCCUAUAGUGCACUAUUUUAAUUCUUCUGUUAGGACCUCAUCAACUCCUCCAAGGAAGUCUUCUUUUGUUGUAUCAGAUAGAGAAGGGUAUGGAUUAGGGGGUUCUGCUGUUUUUGGUGGUGGUGGAGUUCAUUCAAGCAAUAGGGUCUGUCUUGAGACAGAGUCUAAUGGGUCUUCUACAGUGAUUUGCCAUAAAUGUGGAGAGCAGUUCAGCAAAUGGGAAGCUGCUGAAGCUCAUUAUCUCUCCAAGCAUGCUGUUACAGAACUUGUGGAAGGCGACUCAUCUAGGAAAAUUGUUGAAAUUAUAUGCCGGACAAGCUGGUUGAAGUCUGAGAACCAGUUUGGCCGGAUCGAGAGGGUUUUGAAAGUUCAUAAUAUGCAAAGAACUCUUGCUCGAUUUGAAGAAUAUAGGGAGAUGGUGAAGGUCAAAGCCAGCAAACUCCCCAAGAAACACCCUCGGUGCCUCGCCGAUGGUAACGAACUUUUGAGGUUCUAUGGCACAACUGUGUCAUGUUCUCUUGGUCGAAAUGGUGCCUCCAGCCUCUGUGCAACAGAAAAAUGCAGUGUUUGCAGAAUUAUAAAAAAUGGGUUCUCUGCCAAGAAGGAGCUUAAUGGUGGAAUAGGAGUUUUCACAACUUCAACUAGUGGAAGAGCUGUUGAAUCUAUAGAAAUUCUUGAGGAAGACGCAGCUGUUAGGAAAGCCUUAAUAGUCUGCAGAGUCGUUGCUGGAAGGGUUCACAGGCCUUUGGAGAACAUACAAGAAAUGGCUGGCCAAACAGGAUUUGAUUCAUUGGCUGGUAGAGUGGGUCUUUAUUCCAAUAUUGAGGAACUUUAUUUGCUCAAUCCUAGAGCCCUCCUUCCUUGCUUUGUGGUAAUCUGCAAACCCUGAAGAAAGAUUGAAAGUUAUAUCACAUUGUCAUUUUCAAGUUAUGUGAAUCCGUUUUGGUUUUCCAAAUUAAUUUCUUCUGAAGGUUUCUCCAUUUCUUUGCUGUGGAAGAUCUUUCCUUCAAGCCUCUUAGUCACUUGCCAAUAUAUUGAUUAAAGAUUUGUACUUCUGUAGUUCUCUGGGUUAAUUGUAUCAGCCUCUUGCUAUGUUUGCAUCCUUCCU